AUGAUGCCGACGUUGCGGGACAGCACCAUGUCCCACCCCGGCGAGAAUUCCCACCAAGUCCGGGUGAAAGCCUAUUACAAAGGGGACAUCAUGAUUACCCAUUUUGAGCCAUCCAUUUCAUAUGAGGGUCUGUACGGGGAAGUGAGGGACAUGUGCUCCAUGGACAACGACCAGCUCUUCACCAUGAAGUGGAUCGAUGAGGAAGGUGACCCCUGCACAGUGUCGUCUCAGCUGGAGCUGGAGGAAGCGUUGCGUCUCUACGAACUCAACAAAGACUCAGAGCUCAUUAUCCAUGUGUUCCCAUGUGUACCAGAGAAACCUGGUAUGCCCUGUCCAGGAGAAGACAAGUCCAUAUAUCGGCGUGGAGCCCGGCGCUGGAGGAAGCUUUACUACGCCAGCGGUCACGCCUUUCAGGCCAAACGCUUUAACAGGCGAGCACAUUGUGCCAUCUGUACAGACCGGAUCUGGGGUCUGGGAAGACAAGGCUACAAAUGCAUCAACUGCAAACUGCUGGUGCACAAGAAGUGCCACAAACUGGUCACAGUGGAGUGUGGCAGACCGAUGAUCCAGGAACCAAUCAUGCCAGGGCCACCAUCGAGUCAAUUAGACCAAACUGAACAGCCAGGCCCUCAGAAUAAAGACUCCAGAGAAAGCUUGACUUACGAUGGAGAAGAGAAAGAGGCACGGAGCAGUAGAGACACGGGGAAAUCGCCUUCGAGUCUGGGCCUAGCAGACUUCGAUCUGCUGAGGGUGAUUGGCAGAGGCAGCUACGCCAAGGUGCUGUUGGUGCAGCUGAAGAAGACCGAGCGCAUCUACGCCAUGAAGGUGGUCAAGAAGGAGCUGGUCAAUGACGAUGAGGACAUUGACUGGGUCCAAACAGAAAAGCACGUCUUUGAGCAGGCCUCUAAUCAUCCCUUCUUGGUGGGCCUCCACUCCUGUUUCCAGACAGAAAGCAGGCUCUUCUUUGUUAUUGAAUAUGUGAACGGUGGAGAUCUCAUGUUCCACAUGCAGAGACAAAGGAAACUCCCAGAAGAACACGCCAGAUUCUACUCAGCAGAGAUCAGUCUUGCGCUUAACUACCUCCACGAACGAGGAAUCAUCUACAGAGAUCUGAAACUAGACAAUGUGCUGCUGGACUCAGAGGGACACAUCAAACUUACAGACUACGGCAUGUGCAAGGAGGGCUUGAGACCGGGCGAUACAACGAGCACUUUCUGUGGUACCCCCAAUUACAUCGCCCCAGAAAUACUCAGAGGAGAGGAUUACGGGUUCAGUGUGGACUGGUGGGCGCUUGGCGUGCUGAUGUUCGAGAUGAUGGCGGGCCGGUCGCCCUUCGACAUCGUCGGGAGUUCCGACAACCCGGACCAGAACACAGAAGACUACCUCUUCCAAGUUAUAUUGGAAAAACAAAUCAGAAUCCCCCGCUCGUUGUCAGUCAAAGCCGCCAGCGUCCUCAAGGGAUUUCUCAACAAGGAUCCCAAGGAGCGUCUAGGCUGCCACCCUCAGACAGGCUUUGCGGACAUCAUGGGCCAUCCAUUCUUCCGCAAUGUCGACUGGGACCUUCUGGAGCAGAAGCAGGUGGUCCCUCCGUUCAAGCCCAACAUCUCAGGGGAAUUUGGACUGGACAACUUUGAUGCCCAGUUCACUAACGAGCCCAUCCAGCUUACGCCUGAUGACGAUGACGUUGUCAAGAAGAUUGACCAGUCUGAGUUUGAAGGGUUCGAGUACAUCAAUCCACUCCUGAUGUCGGCGGAGGAGUGUGUGUGAGGGCUGUGACG